CCUUCUUGCAGGGAACGGUUAGGGCCUUGCUUCCUCCUAGAAGAGGAUAGGGAAAGAAACCCUUGAUAACGAUCGGUCCCUGGUAUUUCCUUCACCGCAGUCACCUGGAAAUUAGAUGUGCCGGGCUGAAUCUUGAUCGGUUCCGUGAACUUUCAUGGUUGUUUGAAGGAUUCGCGGGAGAAAUUGGGGGAAUUCCCGCGCUGCAUCGAGAUAUUCCCUCGUUUUUUGUCAGUUUCGAGACGAAGGAAGGCUUCGGUGUAUUCUGGUUUUUUCCUUCUUUUUUUUUUUUUUUUUUUUUCUCGGUGGAGGUUCUUGUUUGUUUUAAUUGAUAGCGAAGGGAAGAGGACCGUCGGCGUUCAUUUGAGUCGUCGAUCGAGAAGUACUCUGCCUCGGAAGGGUUCGGAAGAGUGGUUUGGGGAGAAUCUGCGUACGUGCACCUUAUCGAGGCUUUUCGGUGUUGAGGUUGUGCCUUAAAACGGUGAAUUUUCUUCGUUUUCGGAGGAUUUGAGAUAUCUGGAGCAAGGCUGGGAUUGAAGCGGUGGGUCUCUAGUGGCUUUGUGGUUCUUGAAACAGAUCGUUUUGGUGUGUGGAAUUUGUAAUUUUGGGGAGGAAGGUUGAAGAAGGUCCUUGGAGGUUGAGGAUUUUAGGUACAGAAAAAACCGAGCAGUGGAAGUGGGUUGACUCUAUAUUUUAGAUUUUUGUCUACGGCUUCUUAUACGGAAUAUGGGUUCAAAUCCGAUAUUUGACAUAUUUGACGUGGGGGGCAUAGAUAGUGGAAUAUAUCUGAACUACGAUGGGUUCAAUGAUCCAUCAAACGCUGGGCUGGAAAUUGACGAUUCAUUUGCAGGUGCAUCUGGUUCUGAGAGGAUGGGUUCUAAGAAAAGGGCUAGGGAUGAGUCAUGCAGCAGGCCUGGAUCCAAAGCUUGCCGAGAGAAAAUGCGGAGGGACAAGUUGAAUGACAGGUUUGUGGAGUUGGGUUCAAUCCUUGACCCUGGGAGGCCCGUCAAAGUUGACAAAGCUAGUAUUUUAAUUGAUGCUGCUCGUACAUUGAAUCAUUUACGAAGUGAGGCAGAAAAACUGAAGGAGGCUAAUGAGAAGCUUCAGGAAACUAUCAAAGAUCUAAAGGCAGAGAAAAAUGAACUCCGGGAAGAGAAAACCAAGUUGAAAGCAGAAAAAGAAAAACUCGAGCAACAACUAAAUGCGAUGAGCAUGGCUCCUCCUGGAUACAUGCCACACCCAGCAGCUCUCCAUGCCGCAGCUGCUGCAGCAUUUGCUGCCCAAGCCUCUGCUGCUGGAAACAAGGGCAUGCCUUUUGCUGGAUAUCCUGGAAUUGCUAUGUGGCAGUACAUGCCUCCAGCUCAUACUGAUACCUCUCAAGACUCCAAAUUGCGCCCACCGGCUGCCUGAUCCAAAAGGUUGCAGCUUCACGGCUUCCAAAUGCUAACAACGUGCAAGGGUUUCAUCCUGCUGUUUUUCUUUCAAAUUUUGUAAUGUUGUGAAUAGCAGAUCCCUCUCAGUGCAUGUUUAAGAUCUCUAUGUCUGCCCUCCUUAAGUCCUCAUUAAAUGGGAAAAUCUGGAACCUGUUGAUUUC